AUGCCCGCAGGACGCGGAAGCAAGAGGACGCUCGAAGAAGUCGUCAACUAUGAAGAUUCGGAUGAUGAGGAUUAUGAUGACCGAGCAGCCGGCCCCUCCAAAUCUCGCUCUGCGAAGCCUCGGCGGCGAGGAGCUCCUGUUCGCAAGAAGCGCAAGAGAGGAUAUGCGGGUUCCGAUGUCGACAGUGACUCGGACGAAGUCGUGUCGGACGAGGAUUCGUUUUCUGACGAGGACGAAGAUGACGAUAUAGAGACAAAUGCGAUAGGCCGACCUGUUCGCAGGGCGGCCAAAAAAGCUGCAAACAAAUAUGAAGAAAGUUCCGAGGACGAGGAAGAUGAACUUGCCAAUUCCUCAGGCGAAGACCGUCCACGUCGCCAAGCCACAACAUCUCCGCGAAAAAAGUUGAUCAUCACUCUCAAGACCACCCCUGCUCGUUCAGCGAGAAGCCUGCGAACUAGGAGCGGAAGUUACGGUAUCAAUCAGCCGGCCACCUCAUCUGCACCUCAUCCUACAGUCACACGGAGAAGCAGUCGCCUCUCUCAUGACCCUGAGGAGGCUCUGGUGAAACUGACCGAUUCGGGAAACCACGUAGAGAUUGUUCGCGAAGGAUCACGAGACCCUGAAGGUAUCCCUCCAAGAGCAAUGAAGGGCGGAAAGGGCCUCAAAUACCCUUCGAAAAGCACCAUUGACGAAGAGUCGCAAUCACAACCCAAGGAAGAGGAAGUAGAAGAAGUACUCGAAAUACAGGCGUCUCAACACGAGCUCUUGGAAAGCGACCCUCAAACCAUGGAAGAACAUGCCGCAGAAGAGCUACCGAACAUUACUUCAGACAUUAUCAACAUUGCGGAACCUGAAGGUGUUGAGAGUGACGGCGACUUCAACCCUGAACCCGCUGCCACACAGGAAGAGGCCACAGUCGAAGUUGAGAAAGAGGACGUAGAGGAGGAGCAGGAGGAGGAGGAAGAUGAGGAAGAGGAUGAAGUGAGACCAGCACGGGGUAGGCUAACCCGAGGCUCUUCCAAGAGAAAAGUAGACUCGCCUGAAUUUGAACCACACAAGUCGCCCAAGCGACUACGUGGACGGACUCUUGGAGGCGAAGCCAACUCAGGGGCUUCGGGUAGUCGUCGACGAAAAGCGCCGGACGAGAGCAGUGAUUUUCAUCCUGAAGAUGAGACCGCCAACCAAGAUGACAUGUCGAGCUCCAGCGAGUCCAACGCAUCUCCUCGCAAAAAGAACGGCGAUGAUGACGACUAUGAAAGCGAGAAUCAAGGUCGAAGGUCGAGGCGCCUCCGUAGUCAAGCCGCUUCUCGCCAACGGUCUGAAGAAAGCGACGACGAUCUAGCAGCAGAGGUCGCAGAGCUGAAGCGUGAUGGCAGGAAGUCAAGACGGCCGAGGGAAGAAGAAAUCAUCUACGAGCCUCGUGGAAGGCGAGGCGGUAAAAAGCCCAACUAUGAUCUUCUCAGGAAUCUCGCCCCACUCGAAGAGGAGGAAGAAGUGGCCGCGCCGUCUCCCUCAGCACGAACUCGAAAGACCGGCGGUGGUGGCUGGAGUCGAACUCUUUUCAACACUUACGGCCCCUUUGGCGGUGGCGGUGGCCUGCCACCUGUGCUGGGUGGAGGCCCGCAAAGGGCUCAAGGAGGUGUUGACUCGGACAGCAGCGACGACGAAACAAUGAAACAACCAAGACAAUUGGGUGGUACAGUAGGAAUGACUCCAACCACUGCUGGUGGCUUCAACCUCUUCCCACAAACUCUCAACGCCGAUGCAGCUCAGGCUACAGCUGGCACUCCGGCCAAUCUCGGCAAGAUCAAGGACAAGCAGACCCUCGCAGAUGCCGACCCGCUUGGGGUCGACCAAAAUGUGACCUUCGACAAUGUAGGGGGUCUCCAAGGGCAUAUCGAUCAGUUGAAGGAGAUGGUUGCUUUGCCUUUGCUUUACCCAGAGAUUUUCAUGCGGUUCAAAAUCACUCCUCCUCGUGGGGUUUUGUUUCAUGGUCCGCCUGGAACUGGCAAGACUCUUCUCGCGCGAGCAUUGGCUACCAGUGUCAGCUCUCAAGGCAAGAAAGUCACCUUCUAUAUGCGCAAAGGUGCCGAUGCCCUAAGCAAAUGGGUUGGCGAGGCUGAAAGACAGUUGCGGCUACUCUUCGAAGAAGCCCGAAAGAAUCAACCUAGCAUCAUAUUCUUUGAUGAGAUUGAUGGUCUUGCUCCUGUACGGUCAAGCAAACAGGAACAGAUACAUGCUUCGAUCGUUUCAACGCUGCUGGCACUGAUGGAUGGUAUGGAUGGCCGCGGCCAGGUUAUUGUUAUCGGUGCCACCAAUCGGCCUGAUUCCAUUGAUCCGGCUCUACGAAGACCUGGCAGAUUUGAUCGGGAGUUUUACUUCCCUUUGCCAGGCACUGCAGCUAGGAAGUCCAUCAUUGGCAUUCAUACAAAGGGCUGGGAUCCCCCUCUACCCGAAUCUAUCAAGGAUGAGUUGGCAGAACUGACAAAGGGUUAUGGUGGCGCUGAUUUGCGUGCUCUGUGCACAGAAGCCGCGCUUAAUGCAGUGCAGCGCCAUUACCCUCAGAUUUACAACUCGAACGAGAAACUCGCCAUUGAUCCAAGAAAGAUUGAGGUCACGCCCAAGGACUUCAUGAUUUCUCUCAAAAAGAUGACACCCUCCUCAGAGCGAUCGGCGUCGUCUGGCGCUGCUCCACUACCGCCCAGUGUGGCGCCGCUGCUUCAGUCUCAGUUGGACCAGAUCAGCCAGCUCUUGGGGGAGAUACUGCCACAACGGAAGAGACUCACAGCUUUGGAAGAGGCUCAAUUCGAAGACACUGCCGACGGUCACAGUUUCGGUCGCGAGAAAAUGCAACAAACUUUCGAGACCACCAGAGUCUUUCGUCCUAGAUUGCUGAUCCAUGGCAAGCUGGGCAUGGGGCAGCAGUAUGUCGCUUCUGCACUGCUCAAUCACUUUGAAGGCCUCCACGUUCAGGCCUUCGAUAUUCCGACAUUGUUCAGCGAUACUGCGAGUUCACCCGAGGCCACGGUCAUCAGGCUGUUCUCUGAAAUCAAAAUGCAUAAACCAAGCGUCAUUUACAUUCCCAAUGUGCAGGAAUGGUACAACACCGUGGGCCAGGCCGUGAUAUCUACUUUCGUGGGGCUUUUGAGAUCCAUCAAACCCACUGAUCCUGUUCUUUUACUUGGAUUUGCCGAGGGCGACUACGAUGACAUGGAUGAUAACAUGCGCCGCGAGUUUUUUGGCUACUCAAAGAAGAACCAGUUCCAGCUGAGAGAGCCUAAUCUUGAAGAAAGGUCUGAAUUCUUCCGCAGCAUCAAGGAUUACAUUAGCACGGCUCCAGAUGAUUUCCCCGAUCCAGAGCACCGAAAGAAGCGUGAACUGGAAAAACUUGCCGUGGCACCGCCUGAGCCAGAGAAGCCGAAACCUCCGCCAACCAAGGAGGAGCUCAAGGCACAAAAGAGGCGUGACCGUCAAACUCUGAACAUGCUCAAGAUCCGAUUACAGCCCAUCAUGGACCAAAUCAGGACCAAAUACAAGAAAUUCCGGACCGGCGUGAUCGAUGAAAGCCACAUUCGCUACCUCUACGACGAAGCUGAUCCAGGUACUGUGACGUCGGAUCUGCACACUGAAAUUCUGGCCAGAGCUUCCUACCGGCCUUUCGAGAUUGGGAAGGACGCCCAUGGUGUUCCCGGCCUGAUAGAUCAGUCUAAUGGCAACUUCUAUUACAACCUGGACUCUGUGACAAUCGAGAAACGCCUGAGCAAUGGGUACUACAAGCGACCGAAAGAUUUUCUGGCAGAUAUCAAACGCUUGGCUAAAGAUGCAAAGGCCAUUGGUGAUGAAGAUCGACUGCUCAAGGCCAAUGAGCUGUUGGCGAACGUCGAGGUCGACAUUGGAUCCAUGGAAGUCAACGAACCUGCGCUGGCCGCGGAAUGUGAACGUGUUUACCAACGAGAAUUGGAACGGGAACGAGAGGCCCUAGAGAAAGCGGAGCAAAGCAAAAUGCCUCCGCCUCCCAAUGUGACCAAUAUUGCUCAGGGUUCGGGAACAACGACGACAAAUGACACAGGCCCCAUUCUGUUAGGCGAGCCCAUGCAUCGCCGCAAUGACUUUGCUCAGCGGCUCGCUGCGACAUCCACUCAAGCCCAGUCAACCGAGUCCAUUGUUACGAACGGCAUACAUCCUAGUCAAAAUCACUCAGGACAUUUGACAAAUGGGUCUCAUGCAAAUGGCCACGAAGUAGAUGUGGAAGGCGACACUUUUAUGGGAAGGGGAGACUCGCAUCCAUCGUCUCACAACAAGAGCAACGACACGCAGCAGACGAACACGACUAGCUCCUACGGUGCGCGUGCCUCUGCCCAAACAAGACCGUGGAGUGCAUACACCGCACCCUCCCAACAGCUUAUGAAGGAAUCAGGACUGUCCGCGCCGCCCUCCCAGACUGGACCCUUCACUCCUAUGCCUCAGGGAAGCCAGCCAGGGGAGUUCCAGAACGAUGCUAGCACAACUCAAUCGCCCAACGAGAAGAAGCCGUCCUCCAAUAAUACGCAGCAAGAGAUUCACCAGGAUUCAGGCCCUGAUCUCUAUCCAUUCGACGAGAGACGAUCUGCUGGAGGCAGUCAGAUUCCGUCCACGCAAGGGCAAAACUCACAAUCGCAAGUUGCUACAGGUGCCCGUCCUUCUUCACCGCAAGGGGCGAACCAAGACUCCAACUCACCGCCUUCCAUGAUCAUGCCUCCCCCCAUUGAGGCGCCGUCACAGCGACAUUCCAACGCCAGCCGCAUCGAUGACCUGCUGAAUCCCUCUUCAUCUCCACGUCCGACGUCGCCACUAUCACCGACUUCUCGCCCCAAUUUGAUCCAAGUCGAGGAGCAUGCGCUUGAAAAUCUACAUACUGAAAUCGCGGAUCAGACUAGCGGUCUGUCCGUCGAACAAUUGGAGCAAGUGAACAGCGUAUUGAUGGAUACGAUCUGGAAGACGAGAAGUGAGUGGGACCGAAAUAAGGUUAAACAGAGUGUGGCAGAGGCUUUUAAUGAGGUUAUGGAGGACAUGGCCGGUGCCGGACAGCAGUUUGGGGACGGCAGUUGGGGCCGGAAGGCACAGGUAUGA